UUUUCCAUGAUUGUAGUGAAUGAGCUUUACUUACUAACGCUUGCUCAUUGUCAGAUAAUGUACAGUGUACAUAUAUGCUGCUGAUGCAGUACUUGGGUAUUAUAUGCACAUUACUGGGAUGCAAAAUAUACCGGCAUCCUGAUCAUGGUUGUGUCUAAUAAGUGUUAGAGCAGCCAAAAACGGUUAAUCAACGGAAUGAUUGUUUAUUGAUAACUAUUAUGCUAGAGAUUGAACGAAACUUAAGUGUUGAACAAAUAAUAUUGUAUCCUUGUACACACUAAAAUGGCUGCAGCUUCGAUCAAAAGGCGUCUGGAAACGUUCGACCUUAUUCGAAGAUUUGGAAGCAUCUCCCGAUUUUCCGGAAAAAUCUCUUUUGGGUCAGAAAGCAAUCGUGGAACCCAAACGGAGGAGACUGUAAAGGGAUUUUUAACAGGGAAAGAAUAUCAUCAAGUUAAUUCCGAUGCAGACUCACCCUCGACGUCAACGCCGGUGACUCUUUCUAGUCCUGUGGAUUCAAGUUCCAUGUCCCUCCCUCCAGCGGACGGCAGUGACAAUGGAAUCCUCAGAACAAAUAACUCGACAUCAAACCAUGCACCGGAUGUUGUUACGGACCAUAUUUACCAUUUCCCUAGGCCGGUAUCUAUUUUCCCGCUGACAUCCAGGAAGCCACUGGAAGCCAAAUUACUGGAACUGAAGACCGGCAAAACUGCAGCUGCAACAAACCAAAAUGAAAUACUUCUCGAUACCUUUAAGGCGCCACACAAUGACAAUCAUCACGAACAUAACGACGCUUGGGAACAUCACCAGAUUCACCACGAAGACCAUUCACAUGGCAUGGAUCAUCAACAUGACCGGUCGGAAAUUUCCACUCACAUAAGCGCUCUAUACGGAAUGUUAAUUGUAGUAGUCAGCUUUUGUCUUGGUACUGCAUCACAGCUUACGAAAAACAUCGACACCAUGUACGCCAGGUGGUUCGAUUCUGCUUUAUUGGCUAUCAGUAUCGUAUGGAUUCUUUUUGCAUUUUGCUAUCUCUUUCGAAGCAAAAAGCAAAUCAGCCAAGACACUGACCAGCUGACCGACCAUAAAAAAUUGAAGCAUUUGCGAUUUAUCCGCAACGAUGUGGACAGUGGGAGUUUCUAUUUGAAAAUGGGGGCAACAUUGUUCGCGGUUGGCUCAAUGAUUUAUUCUUGCCUCCAGUUGGGUGUAUUUAUUGAAAAUAUAUCGUGCUUCAACAUCGUCAUGGGUGUCAACCCGUGCCUCUUCAUCUUGUUCAUAUUGCUCCAGUUGUAUUUUAUCUUCAAAAAUUCGCAGCUGAAAAUCACGAAGUACCGGGCCAUCAGUAGAUUUGGUCUCAUACAUUUACUGGCCACCGAUCUGUGCAUGUGGAUGCGCACACUAUUGGAUGAAACCAUAAUGGAAUUUGGAGAUAUUGAAAAGUCGGAAAACAAGUCUGCACUGGAAGCUAAUGAAGAGCCGCCUAAACCGACUAUUCAUUUUCGUCAGGGAGCAUUUGGAUACAACCCAAUUUGCGUCAACGAGGAGUCAUCCAUGCUGAAUAUGCUCAACCAAUCGGCAAUGUUCUUGUUCCCAUGUAUCAUCGAAUACACUCUGAUUUCUGCCGGUAUCGUGUUUAUCAUGUGGCAAGUUGUCGGCAGCUCAGAGAAUCUUCAUCUACGACAAUACCUCACCCGCAAAAAUCCCAAAAUCUUUUCCGUAGACUGCACUCAUGCCGCGAAUGGCUUAUUUGCCGGCAUAUUGGUGAUUAUUCUGACCAUCAUUGGUCUAAUUAUGUAUUUCAUGUUCGAGAAGGACGAAGACGAAAAGAAGGCGGUACUGGCUGGUGACAUUAUGGAUAUCGCAUUAAAUAUUCUUGGCGUGAUAUCCGUUGCGUAUUGCGGGAUAGUGUUUAGGAAAAAUUUAAAGGUCAUCAAUAUACAUACGGCCAAUAUGGCGUUGGACGAUGGAUUAUUGCUCCUAACAAUGAUUGGAGUUUACGCUUUCACUGUAGUGUCAGUGUUGGGCAGUCUGGAAGGUUUCGAUACCGAUAAUUUAUUGGAUAUUGUGCAAGCCAUUCUGGAGAUAGUUCAGUCAACAAUGCAAACGGCCUUCUUGUUCGAUGCGAGCAAGAGAGUCAUGGUUUUUCCGCCUCCCUCCCCGGAAGACGAGAAUCGCAGAAAGAGCCCGGACAAACCAGGAAGAGAAAUGGUCAUGUUCCUGUUAACUAACAAUUUUGCACAGUGGGCGUUAAACGUUCUUCUUACACUUCGCCCUGAUGCAGCUCCGGGUCCAAAACACUUCUAUGGUUCAUAUCAAUGGGCUGUUCUGCUGCACAUUACAGUGCCCUUGGUCAUCUUCUACAGGUUCCACUCUACGGUUUGUUUGUUUGACAUCUGGAAAAGGUCUUAUAAAGUCCCGCGCGGAAGACAUGAUCACGAGCACCCCGUCCAACCUCCUACCAAUCAGCCAAGACGGUUUUCAUAUUUUGCGAUCACCCACAGUAAUCAUCCGCAGGCUUAAACAAAGACUUAAAAACAAUUUCAAAAAUGAAUGCUAUGUGUUAGUUUCGAGAUUUUUUUCCACGUUUACGAUAGUCUGUUAAAUUAGUUUGGGCAUCUAAUGAAACAGAUGUUAACCUCCUGCCGAUUGUAUCGGUAUUUAUUGCUAGAUUGAGACGGAUGUGAUAUAGAAAUAUUGACGGAGUUUUCAUAAAUUUUUUUAUUGUUUUCAAAUUCAGUUUUAAUUAAUAAAAUGUUUUAUGAUG